CUUCACCAAAUUUAACUUUUUGGGGGGGAAUUCCCACAUUGAAAGAAGAAAACACCCAGAUUCGAUUUCUGCGCAGUUCUACUUUGUCUACCAUCAUGUUUAAUCCCGUCGUCUUUGUUUGCUCCGUUUUCUCGUGCUCUUUGAGUAUUUACGCAAAAACUGACGUACCGCUAAUCAGCGAAUAUUUCGGCGCCAGGAGGAGCUACGAGGAAGUGAACCCACAUCUGUUAGAGGACAUUCUUUCUGUAAACACGUCGAUUCUGCAGCCCAAGUCUCCUCAGUGUCGACAGAUCCACCUGACGGCUAUAAUCCGACAUGGAACCAGAUACCCGACGACCAAAAGCGUGGAGAAGAUGCAGGAGAUCCACCAGCUGGUCCUGCGCAACACUUCUGGUAACUCCAGCUGGCUACAUGAGAUCCAGACCCUGUGGAGCAUGUGGUACACUGUGGACAUGGAUGGAAAACUGGUCCAGAAAGGAGUGCGUGAUCUCAAGCAUUUGGCUGUCAGGUUGUCCAAACUGUUCCCCUCCCUGAUCUCUGAGGAGAAGCUGAGAGGUGGACUCAUCAAAUUCAUAACCAGCUCCAAGCACAGGUGUGUCAACAGCACUUUGGCCUUCAAGGCAGGACUGACCCAACUGUGGGCUAUUGAAGAUGAGGAGUUUGAGCAUGCGGUGAAUGACACUCUGAUGAGGUUUUUUGACCGGUGCGCCAGAUUCCUGCAGGAUGUUGAUAAAAAUCCGGCAGCUGUAGCAGAGGUCAACAAGUUCAAGACGGGGCCAGAAAUGAAGAGAGUCCAGGAGAAGAUUGCACACCAUCUGGGAGUGUUGCAAACCCUCAUCACAUACGGUCAUCUGCACAACGUUUACGACAUCAGGCAGCUGACUGAUUUGUGCAGAUCCAUUCACCAGAAUCAAGUUUGUUUUUGUGUUUUGUCAGAUUCACCCCCACAAUGAUCUGAUUCUGAUCAUUCUGGCAGCAGAGAUGGUUACGUUCACAUUACUGUUUAAAGUGACUCGACAAACUUUGUCUUUGCCACACCUUAAAAUUAAAAUUUUAAUCUAGAUGUUUCACAUUCGUGUUUUUGCAUAACUUGAAACAGAUUAGGCCAUUUUCUCAAUAACUGCAAUGACAAA